GGUCGCUGUGUCUUGGGGAGGCCCGCUCCCCCGCCCCACUGCUUCCUGUUCCGCUUGCCCCCAGCCCGCCCCGGGCUUGACCCCGCCAGUCCACUUGCGGCGCCAGGAGUGGCGUGCUGCGGUGCCUCUUGGUCGCGGGGUCCGGCGGGGUCACAGCUCACGGGGCACGGGGCACUCUGGUGUGGGGCAGGUGGCGCACCAACUCAAACAGGGUCAAGCCACGGCUCAUUUUAACGUCCCAUUGCUACGUUUUUUGUUUGUUUGUGUCUCCUCUUGACCUGAGACUUCCAUAUCAAGACCGUCGCCACUACUUCGUAGUACUUCGACCGGUACGGGGCCUCCCACCGUAAGUCGGCCGGCCGCCCCGCGCUCGCCGCUCCGGGUCACCGGAUCGAUACCCCGGUUUUGUCAAGGCAGUGGAAUAUUUGUUUGAAAAUGGACGGCGAUGCGACGCAGGACUACGACGGCAAGAGUGAAAACGGCGCCGAAGUUGUGAAGGUGAUCUGCCUGGGCGACAGUGCCGUCGGCAAGUCCAAGUUGCUGGAGCGAUUCCUGCUGGAUAAGUUCAAGCCACAAACUAUUUCUACUUAUGCACUAACUCUGUAUAGGUAUUCGUCAAAGGUCAAAGAAAAUGAUGUUAUUGUUGAUUUCUGGGAUACUGCAGGCCAGGAAAUGUUUCAAUCGAUGCACCCUUCAUACUAUCACCAGGCACAUGCAUGCAUCAUGGUGUUUGAUGCAACAAGGAAAAUCACCUACAAGAAUCUUGAGAGAUGGUAUAAAGAGCUGCGACAAUACCGCCCCCAUAUUCCAGUUUUUUGUGCAGUCAAUAAAAUUGAUGCUAAUAUGGACGUGACUCAACAAAGAUUUGCGUUCCCUGAGAAAAACAGCAUACCACUAUACUACGUAUCUGCAUCCAAUGGAAUGAAUGUUGUGAAGUUAUUCAGAGAUGCAAUUGAGGCAGCAAUGGUAUACAAGAAGGACCCGCCAGAUGUCACAGACCAAAUUUUUCAGGAAUUGCAGAGAUUGUGACAAAGUUUUGACUUGGUGUGCUGAAUUCAGUAAAGCACAAAUCUGUUUGCAUGAGCGAGAGCCUUAUACAGAUGGUAAACCUGGCAAAAUCGAAAAUCACACUUUGAGGGACCAAAUUUCUGGACAAAGAAACAUAACUUUAUGAGUAAGAUACAAAGUUAACUGGAAUGGUAAAUUCAAUAUCAUUACAAUAGGACUGCCUUCUAGAGGGACUACACCCUUUUUUUCAUUUUGUGCCAUGGGAACAUCUUAUGAACUGCAUUUUAUUGUUAAAAAUACAGAAGAAUAAGAAAUCUUUGUUAUGGUUGUUACAAAUGACAAAUGACUGACAAAUGGAAUUAAAGAUUUAAAAAAGAAUGAAA